AUGCGAGCAGUGUUUCGAUGUCGAGCAAUAAAACAAGUUUUGUUCCUGUGUCCGACACUCCGCCUCCUUUUCUCCGGCGCUAGACUGCAGCAUCAACCGCAAGAAGCCAUGCCUGAGCCAGCCAAGUCCGCGCCCAAGAAGGGAUCCAAGAAAGCGGUCACCAAGACCGCCAGCAAGCCCGGCAAGGGCAAGAGAAAGAGGGGAAGGAAGGAGAGCUACGCCAUCUACGUGUACAAGGUCCCGAAGCAGGUCCACCCCGACACCGGCAUCUCCUCCAAGGCCAUGAGCAUCAUGAACUCGUUCGUCAACGACAUCUUCGAGCGUAUCGCCUCCGAGGCCUCCCGCCUGGCGCACUACAACAAGCGCUCCACCAUCACGUCCAGGGAGAUCCAGACCGCCGUCCGUCUCCUCCUGCCCGGAGAGCUGGCCAAGCACGGCGUUUCAGAGGUCACCAGUGUAACGCCGGAAAAAAGGAGUCGGAAGCGGAGUGCCGGACACAGGAACAAAACUUGUUUUAUUGCUCGACAUCGAAACACCACUCAUAACGGCGGAACUCUGAUAUCCUUUCACUCUGGAAGCGCAACAACAAUAACAGUCCGUGCGGAACCCCGCACCCCAACUCGAGGUCCCGCGGGUGAAUUAUGUAAACACCACAAAAUAAACAUUUAAAUGACUUGAGCGACAUUGUUUUCGUGGGGAACAAACUCAAACAACGUUUGCAAACGCUAAACCAAACAGCGUUAAUAUUUGUCCAAAACAACUUGCCGUUGCACAUCACAGUAGUCAUCGUGUGUCAUAAAAAAAAAAGAAGUUAGUGCAGGCAUUUUUUUUCAGAAGCGCUUGAUUCUAGGAAAACGAAGACCCACUCAGGUGAUCCCCUUUAAAUUUAAACGAUAUCAUAUCCAGUGAGUCUAC